UCAAGCAUACCUGAAUACAAAAUGUGUCGCGGUGCCUGCGAGGGUUCGUUGUUGGACGUAAUCGCAAAGGCUCAAGGGAAAGAAUCGAAGAAGUUCGGAGUUGGAGACGGCAUGUUCCGCGCCUGGGCAGGUUGGCUCAAACCCGCCGGACUCAAGGACCCUGAGGUCAUGGGUGUCGUUCGACAAUUCAACUUGGACAUGGCUGCUCAGAAUUUACGAAUAACAAAAUCCAUUUUCACACAUAAUCAAUUAUUCUUAUUGACAUAUCUCACCUGUCCCCGAGUUUCCAGCGACGAGCUAAUUAUAAAAUACGAAUAAUGACCAAAAUAUAAUCACGACAAGCACCACCUCACCACAAUGACGCCAGCAACACAAUCCCUCACUACUCGCCUGAACAACCUUUCUGACGCCCACAAAUUUACCGUGCAACUCAUCACACGUCUAUCGAAGCUUCCAAGUGUCCCUGGCGCUCUCCCCGCGUCCCCCGUUAGCGAAGAUGGUCCCGCAGACGCACGUGUGGAACUCAGCAGCGAAAUCCACCAGAGCUUGAAAGAGCAAGAAGAAGAGCUGGAACUGCUAAAGCAAGAAGUGGAAGAGAUCAACUCGAGCGGGUCCGGGACACCUGUGUCUGCUACCAGCGCCGGAAUCGCAGGGCUUGCAGGUCGGCGACGGGAUAGUCGUGCUCGGACCGGGAGCAAUGCAGCCGCCAGUGAACGAGCACGGCUCGAUGCGCAUGUUAUACGAUUAGAAGAGGACUUGAAAUUUGCCAGAACACAGUUCCGCAAAGCUCAACUCCAAGCUAAGCGCAAUGCCGAAACUGCUCGACGUAAAGAGCGCGAGUUACUCUUUGCCGGUGUCCGCGAGGGAACCGCAUCACCUGGUCUCGGCCGACGACGUGGGCAGGACAAACUAUCUCCAGACGAACUCAUGGUCAAUGCCUCGAGCGACGUGACCGCCGCGCUGCGUCGAACGCAUCAAUUAAUGGAGACGGAACUCUCAAGAUCACAAUUCGCUCAUGAUACAUUAGAACAAUCCACCAAUGCACUCUCCAGUCUCUCCGAAUCCUACAACACCCUCGAUACCAUGCUCGCCAGCUCCAAGAAUCUUUUGUCCACGCUCGUCCGCUCCCAAAAGUCAGACACAUGGUACCUCGAGACAGCAUUCUACGUCCUCGUGGGCACCAUUGUCUGGCUCAUCUUCCGCCGCCUCCUAUACGGACCCCUUUGGUGGUUCCUCUGGCUACCCAUUAAACUCCUCUACCGCGCAAGUGUCAGUCUCUUGACCGCCGUAGGAAUCGGCGCUGCCGGGUCCGCAGCCACAUCCGCUGCUGCUGCUUCACGGUCAUCCAGCACUCCAUCUACUCUAAUCGUCCAGCCCAGUGCCUCUGGCAAUUUCCCCAAAUUCCAUCCCGACCAACAACGCGAUAAUUACGUCCCAUAUAUCCCCGUCGGACGAGGCGGCGGCGGCCACCAUCAUGGUAUGCCCGCGGGAUAUCACAACCCUCCCGGUGCAAACGGCGCGUAUCCUGUUUCUGCCCAGAUUGGAAACAUGGUAGACAGUAGCAGUAGCAGUAGCAGUAUAAGAAGCGUGCCCAGCGGUACUAUUGGCUUGGGCGUGCACGGUACGCCUGGCGGUGAUGCUGCUGCUGCUGCUGCUGCUGCGGGCGCUGGCGAGGGUUCAGAUAAAGACUCAAAGGACCACCCGCAGGACACCAAAGACUCGUCAUCUUCGAAUGAGAACGACCAGCAACAACCUCCGGCGGCGCCAGCGCCGAACCCAAAGAAGCGCAUGUGGGAAGAAAAUGUCGAAGCGAAAAAGUACGAAGAGCGGAAAAGAGAUGAAUUGUAACUUUUCUUCUUUUCCUUUCCACUCUCUUCUCUUCUCCUUACUUUUUCCUGUCUCAUUUUCCCUCCGCCUCUUACCAAAAACUGGGGUAUAGAAAUAAAAAUAUAAUACAUACAAGGUCACAAAUGCUAUGCCGACAUGACGAGAAGUGGACAAUAAAUAAAUGAUAAUAAUGAUUGUAGUUUAUGGAAUCUGAUUUUCUGAUAUUGCAUGUAAGUUAUAAGAUGUUGGAUGUUGGACGUGUACGUGAAACAUGGUAUAGUCGCGUAACAAACCGAUAGACAGGCAAAAGGGGAGGAGUAAGU